AUUCCAUCACAACAAACAAACUUUGAACUCGGUGGAACAUGUAGAGACCCACUGUUCCUAGUCCCAGGUCAAUAGUGUGUACUGACAGCAAGUAUCGAGUAGAAAGGAAAGUUAAUUAAGUGGAAGAUGACACUGUACUUUGACUGUAUAGUCGAUAGCCCCCAUGCAAGUGCCAUCAAUACCCAAAUAGCAUGGCACCCCCAGGCUACAUGUCUUGCUGUAGCUGCUUACAGCGAAGAUAAAGGAGGAACAGUGAAUGUUUACACAGGGGAGGGUAAACUGUGCCAUGAGGUUGAUAUUCCACCACAUCCGACGGCUCAGGUUACAUCCAUUGUUUGGCACCCCAGCAAAAGGAUUAUGGCAGUUGGCUGGGAGUCAGGAGAACUGUUCCUUUGGAACGACCAUGAACAUGAACUCCAUGAAAUUCAGAGUCUCCAUCGAGCACCUAUCUCCGUUCUCAAGUUUAGUGUGGGUGGAACAAGACUUGUGUCUGCAGAUGCCUCUGGUGCUACAGUGGGCUGGCGGGUGGAUAACUCUGGAAAUCUGCAGACAGUAUUUACACACGAGUUGAAAGAUCCCCUUGUACAGAUUGUCUACAGAGUCAAUAUCAACACAGACAAGAAUCUUUCAACAUCAGAUAUCAGUGGUCUUGCUCGUGCUGCUGUGAGUGGUGAUGAGAGAGCCUUGGAUAUCUUUAGCUCCUGGAGGCCAAGGACAGGGCACAAACGCAUCACUCUUGCUGCUAAUACUAAGGACAAUCUUGACUUUUUCUUAGGAUCAUCUACUGGUGUGCUGUAUCAUGUCAGUGACAGCGGUAACUGUGUUGAGGUGCUUCAGGCUGAUGGUGGAAUAAAACGUCUAUUACAUCAUGAAUCCAGAAACUUGCUUGUGGUAAUCACAGAGAGCAUGGUUCUAGGGCAGUUUACUGUUGCAACAGAUGGGUCUGUCACAGAAAGCAAUAAGGUCAAGUUGAGUGGACGAAGUAAUGAUAUUCAGGUUUCCUGGGCAGGCAUUGGGUUGCUGGCCGUAUCAACAGGAGACAGUUCUGUACGUCUUUGGAACUUAGAUUCUGGUGAUAAUUAUGUAUUAAGCUUACAUGGACCAAGCUAUCGUGAUCAAGAAUAUGUCAUGUGUUUAACUUAUUCUGAAAAUAAAAAGAUCCUUUGUGCUGGAACAAACCUUGGUAGUGUGGCAAUGUGGAAGUAUGAGGAACAUACAAGUAAGCCUGGGGAAGAUGAUUAUACGAGGGAUCCUGAGAAAGAUUGGAAGUUACAAAAUCCUUCAGUUAUCUCAGGAGCAGUGAAACAGGGAAGCCAAGCCUCAUACACAAGGCAAGCAGAUGAGUGAUGCCAUCAAAGACUUUGGGGAGAUCAUCUCUGCUCGCUGUAACUGUAAUGGUACUAGGGUGUCCAUUGCUGUUGCUCAGUCAUCUCUUCUUCCAGAUCCUAAGCUCUACAUUUGGGAUAUAGAAAAUGAUAACAUAACUUACUUUAAUUUUGCGUCGGGUCGGUCAGAGGAUGAUGAUGUAGACGGAACUGCUCCACCAAACUCAGCUGAUAGUACUAAUUCUAAAGAUGGUGGGCUGCAUGACAGAGCAAAACGUGAAACUGCACGAGAAGUUGGGGGUCGCUUUGUAAUGUCACACUUGUGGGAUUUGGAAGACCCUCGUCUGCUUGUAUGUGAAGCAAAGUCACUUCUCAGCACCAAAAAGCAGAGGGAUCACUACCUAUCCUCGACAACCAAGGCAGAUCGGCCAGCUGUUAUGUUGGUGUCCUUGUUUGUGAGUUCUGACCACGGCAACAUCGUCCAAGACUCCUUCCCAUUGACUCCUACGUACUCUCGACUGCUUGGAGUGCAGGUCCCAUUCUUUUACCUCCUUAAAGUUCAUGAUCCUGAAAAUAAGUCUGAUGCCAAAGCUGUGACACAGAGAGUGAUGAGAGAUUUUGUGGGCUUAGAGAGCUGUGAUAGGCCAACUAAAGAUGCCAUGCUUAACUUCUCUUUCUUCCUCUCUAUUGGAAAUAUGGAUGAUGCUUUCAAAGCCAUUAAGGCUAUUAAAAGUGAAACUGUUUGGGAAAAUAUGGCCAAGAUGUGUGUCAAAACUAAGCGCUUGGAUGUGGCAGCUCUUUGUUUGGGCAACAUGGGUCAUGCACGUGGAGCAAGAGCUCUACGACAUGCCAUGAAGGAACCACAAAUAGAUGCUAGGGUGGCAAUGUUGGCUCUGCAACUUGGUAUGCUGGAGGAAGCAGAACGUUUAUACCGUGGCUGUGGACGAUAUGACUUGUUAAAUCGCUUUUAUCAGGAUGGUGGAAUUUGGUCUAAGGCACUUGAAGCUGCAGAAGGCAAUGACAGAAUUCACCUUCGGUCAACACAUUACAAUUAUGCAAAGCAUUUGGAGAGUAAAGGAGACUUCAGUGGAGCCAUAAGCCACUAUGAAAAAUCAGACACCCACAGGUUUGAAGUUCCUCGAAUGCUUUUUGAUGAUUUGCCUACACUUGAAGACUAUAUAAUGCAUACCAAAGAUAAAGCUUUGAGAAGAUGGUGGGCUCAGUAUUUAGAAUCAACUGGUGAAAUGGAGACAGCACUUCAGUUCUAUGAAGCUGCUCAUGAUCACUUGUCCUUAGUGAGAGUCUACUGCUACUGUAAUAAUCUUCAGAAGGCUGCAGAUAUUGCUAAUGAAACCGGAGACAGAGCGGCGUGUUAUCACUUGGCACGACAGUAUGAGAAUGUGGCACAGGUGAAGGAGGCCAUUCACUUCUUUACACGGGCCCAAGCAUUUGGAAAUGCCAUCAGGAUAUGCAAAGAGAAUGGACAUGAAGAUCAAUUAAUGAAUCUAGCACUUGUGGCUGGACCUCAAGAACAAAUUGAUGCCGCAAGAUACUUCUCCUCCAAUGAACGCCGUCAACUUCCCAAAGCAGUAAUGCUUUACCAUAAGGCAGGACUUCUGUCUAAAGCAGUUGAUUUAGCAUUCAAAUCUGGUCAGAUAAGUGCAGUUGGACAGAUUGCUGGAGAACUAGAUGAGAGUGCAGAUCCAGCACUUAUCCAGAGAUGUGCACAGUACUUCAUAUCCAAUGGGCAGUAUGAUCGUGCUGUAUCUUUACUUAUCACUGGGAAGCAGUAUUCUGAUGCUCUCGACUUGUGUGUCGAGCAUAAUGUUUGGGUCACAGAAGAAUUGGCUGAAAGAUUUACCCUACCUAAGGACGAGUCGGCUCGCAACCAGAUCUUAGAGAAGGUGGCCGAGUGCGCUUAUGCUCAGGAUAAUUAUAAACUUGCUACUAAGAAGUUCACUCAAGCAGGAAAUAAGGUCAAAGCAAUGAAGUGUCUUCUGAAAUCAGGCGACACAGAGCGGAUCGUAUACUUUGCCAACGUUUGCCGUCAACGAGAGAUAUACAUCAUGGCAGCAAAUUACCUGCAGAGCUUAGAUUGGCGCAAGGAGCCAGACAUUAUGCGCAAUAUAAUCCAAUUUUAUUCUAGAGCAAAAGCUACUGCUUUGUUGGCUGGUUUUUAUGAUUCAUGUGCCCAGGUUGAAAUUGACGAGUUCCAAAAUUAUGAGAAAGCUGCUGGUGCCUUAAAUGAAGGUUACAAAGCUUUAAUGACCAGCAGUGACCCUCAGGCCCAGGAGAGAGUACCAGCAUUUCAGUACAAACUGGAAAAGGUUAAACAGUUUCUUGGUAUUAAAAGAAUGUUUGCAACAGAUGGGGAUUCUGCUAUCCAAGAACUUCAAGAGCUUUUGGCUGAUCCAAAUAUUGAAGUUGCAGUGAGGCAGGGUGAUAUUUAUGCUGUUAUUGUGGAGUAUUAUGCUUCUAACAACAACUUCAAAUCAGCCUUGGGUGCCCUACAAGAAAUGAAAAGCAAGCUACCCAAGGCAAACCCUAACUACUACGUAGAAGCCCAGACUCUACAAGCAAUCUCAAGAACAACAGGCGUGAACUUUGGCAGAACAGAAAAUGGAGGUCUGGAUGAAGGAGGAAGUGAAGAAGAGGGUAAUGCGAGUGAGGAGGAAGUAGUUGAGGAAGAGGAGGAGGAUGAAAGGCCACAACAGCAUUUUGCUCAUAAUGGAUCUGCUAAGUUUUUCUAGAAUUUCAUAAAAACUAUUUGAAAGUUACAUUUAUUGUUUAUUAACAUAGGAUCUAGAUAUGUAUGACUAGACUUGGAGAAUGGCAAAAUUAAUGUUAAGCUUAACAUAUUGUGCCAGUGAUGAAAAUGGGUACAGUAUUAGGAACUGGGUAUAUGCUUGAAGAAUGAGGGCAGGGGAAAGAGAAGUGUGAUUAAAUACACACACACAAAAAAAGGCCAGAUUUUAGUCAAGUAAAAUUUCUAUUGACCUAGAAAAGAAACCAUAUCAGAUAUAUAAAGACUUAAACAUAUUGGUUCUGGAAUUAAGUCCACUGCAUUUACCUACAAGUACUCUCAUUUCCACCGUUGGUUGUAGGUAUAUAAUAUAGCUUUGAAAUAUAUCAGUAUUGAGGUCACAGCAGUAGUAAAGGCACGAGUGACGCCCCUUAACACUCGGGGGUUUUCUCACCCAAAAUUGCGUAUGAUCUAAAUUAUGGGCUUUAGGACUUUCGUACGCAAAGUAAAAAUUUCAAUGAAAUCAUUUUAUGUUUGCACAUGAACGCCAGACAUGCAAGAUGCACAUUUGGCAAUGUCACCGUGAUCUGGCAACUAUGUAAACUGCACUCCAAGAUCACCACACCAGUCUCUCUUUUGUAUUUAAAGGACCCAGGAUAUAACAUUGACCCACAUUUCCCACACAUUUUCUUGCAGCUUGUGCUGAAUUCUUGUGCAUCAGAGUGAUUUGAUUUAUUCAUAACAGUGUUGUGAGUUUUGAACUAUGCUUCGUGAUGGUGAGGGAAAACGUAAAAAUAGUGCAAGGCGAUUGCACCACGUGGUGAUACUGUGGUGCCUCCUGAAGCCUCUCUGUUUCCCUGGCCCUCCUAGCAUAGUAUACGUGAUAGUUUGUCUGGCCCUUCAGCAAGCAGUCCUAGUGCUAUUACUUAAAACAGUAUGUACAAUUAUAUUUUGCACCAGGAGGGAAAAUAUGAAUAUUCUAUACUUGGCAUGGGUGUGCUCAUCAGAAUGCAAAAUUACCUAGCGAAAUAUUAAUAUUUUCACAAAUUUUCUUUUACAGUGGGGUAUGCUAUAACGAACGGAUCCUACUACGAAUAUUCCUAUAACGAACGGUUUUACCUAUAAAAUUGAGAAUGCUAUAACGAACGCAACUCCUACAACGAACGCGGAUGAA